AAUGACGCGACCAAAACGAGACGCAGAAAUUAUGCGUCACGGCUUUGCCUAACAAGCGUGAGGACAGCUGAAUAACCUAGAAUAGACUAAUAACUACAGUAAUAGUAAAGAUUUCCUAGACGUCAGAAAAAUUAUCAGUAAAAAUGCACCUGAAUAAGAUGUUGCCAGCAGUGUUCAAAUGUGCUGGGGAUCUGCUAAAAGUUCCUGUAAGCUAUGCAGCAUUAAAUCGCAGUGUAGUAUGUGCAAGCAGUACUGAAAAGAGAAGAAGGAAAAAGAAAUCCUGGCUUUCAGAUGGAGAAGAUCUGUCUCUGGAGGAACGACUAGCUGAUACUGUGACCCCUUUGUGGCGAUUGAGUUAUGAGGAGCAGCUUCAGUGGAAGCAGGAACAACAGCACAAGAUCUUACUUCAGAUGACAAAUCACCUGGCUCAGGACUCAUCUCUUACUUCCAGUAAGGGAGAGCUCCCUUUCCCUGUACUGCCCAUAGUGCCCUCACCAGUGAGGGAUGGCUACCGCAAUAAGUCCACCUUCUCUGUCAACAAAGGAGUAGAUGGAGAUCCAAAAACUGUAGGAUUCUACAUUGGCACUGGGAAGGGUAGAAACAUUGUCUGUAUUCACGGUGACCAUCUUCUUAACAUGCCAUCAAAGCACAGUCUGGUGGGAAGGUGUUAUGAGGAUUUUAUACGUGCUUCACCACUAAAACCAUGCAUUUUGUUUCAUGAUGGAGGACACUGGAGAGAAAUUACAGUGAGAACAAACUCUGCUGGUAACACAAUGGCCAUAGUAUAUUUCCAUCCACAAAACCUACGUCCUGAGGAGAUUGAUGUCCAUAAAGCAUCUCUAGUAGAAUACUUCACAAAAGGUCCAGGAACAGUUUGCAAGCUGGACUCACUUUAUUUUCAGGAAAGCACCAUGACCCGAAGCAGUCAUGAAGACACUCCCUACCAGCUGCUGUAUGGCGAGCCCCAUAUCUAUGAGGAGAUCCUUGGCUUAAAGUUCCGCAUCUCUGCUGAUUCUUUCUUUCAGGUGAACAGGGGUGCAGCAGAGGCCCUGUACACGACUGUAGCAGAGCUGAACAAGGCCAGUGAAAAGGGAACUCUACUGGAUGUGUGCUGUGGUACAGGAGCUAUUGGCAUUUCAUUAUCCCCAAGAUUGAAGAAGGUCAUUGGUAUUGAACUGAUUGAACAGGCUGUAGAGGAUGCGAAAUAUAACGCAGCACUAAAUGGUAUUCAGAACUGUGAGUUUCUACCAGGAAAAGCAGAAGUUGUUCUUCCUAAACUGAUACCCACAAUGCAGUCUGAGGGAGCACUCACAGCUGUCGUGAAUCCAUCCAGGGCAGGACUGCAUUAUAGAGUGAUCCAAGCCCUGCGCAAUCAUCCUGACAUACAACGACUUAUCUAUAUAUCCUGCAAGCCAGAAGGAGAAGCGACGCGGAAUUUCAGGGAGCUUUGUGGCAAGAUUGAUUUAAAGAGAAAGCUCACUGGAGAGGCCUUUACACCAAAGCUGGCUGUUCCUGUGGACAUGUUUCCACACACACCUCACUGUGAACUGGUGCUUGUUUUGGAGCGAUAAACAAUAAAGUGUAAUAAACUUAUAAGAGCUGCUACAACAUAACAUA